AUGGACAACCAAGACGCGGAAAGAGCGAAGAUAGCUGCAGAUGCUGAUAGAGAACUCACCCGUUUAUGGCGGGCAUGGCGAACGAUACACCAAAUGUGCCAGGACAGGGGCUACGAGAUAGGAGAGGAAGAAGUCAAGAUAUCUCUCGAAGAUUUCCGCAAGAACUACGCUGAUCCUAGCGGUGCGCCUGACCGCAAGAAAAUGAACACCUCCUUCAGACCCACGGACGCCAUGAUUGCAAAAUACACCGCCCUACCUACAAAAGCCGAACCCAACCCUCAGCCCCAAAUCGGCACCAUCUGGAUCGAAUUCUCCUCCGACGCCAGCAUCGGCAUAAAACAGAUGCGCGCCUUCGCCCACCACGUCAACCAGCAUAAAUUCUACACCGGCAUUCUAGUUACGCAAGCAUCCAUUACGCCUGCAGCGCUAAAAAUAAUUCCCGUCGUUCUGCCUUCCAUCAUUGAAACGUUCCAAGAGCAAGAUUUGUUAGUGAAUAUUACGCACCAUGAACUGGUGCCAACGCAUGAGCUGUUGAGUGCGGAGCAGAAGGUGGAAUUACUGAAGCGGUAUCGGUUGAAGGAGAGUCAAUUGCCGAGGAUCCAGGUGGGGGAUCCGGUGGCGAAGUAUUUGGGGUUGAGGAAGGGGCAGGUGGUGAAGAUCAUUAGGAGGAGUGAGACGGCGGGGAGGUAUGCUAGUUAUCGGUGGGCUAUAUGA